GCAGUCGACGGAAAUGGAAAGUCCAUAAACAAUAGAAACGUGCAACAUGGUGUCAACAGUGUUGUGUGAAGAGCGAUAUGGUUCCGACUCAGAACCUAAUAUUUAUUCUUAUGGAGAUGGAAAAUUAAGCAAGAACAAUUUUUCGAAGACUAGUUCAGUCAAACAAUGUUUUAGGGCUGUAUUUCUUCCUCAAGGUUAUCCUGACAGUGUGAGUAGUGAUUACCUAAAAUAUCAGAUAUGGGACACUAUACAGGCAUUUUGCAGCAGCAUAACCGGUACCCUUGCAACCCAAGCCAUGCUGAAAGGUGUCGGUGUCGGUGACGAGAGUGCCACAGCCGCAGCGGCCACCAUCACUUGGAUAUUAAAAGAUGGUUCUGGAAUGAUUGGAAGGAUCUUAUUUGCAUGGUAUCAAGGCACUUCGCUGGAUUGUGAUGCUAAACGAUGGAGAUUAUUUGCAGACAUUCUAAAUGACUUUGCAAUAUGCAUUGAGUUGAUUUCGCCUCUCUUUCCAUCAUUCUUUGUAUUCAUUGCUUGCAUAUCAAGUGUCUUCAGGUCAAUUGUAGGAGUUGCAGGAGGAGCUACUAGAGCGGCGCUGACCAUGCAUCAAGCAAAGAGGAAUAAUAUGGCUGAUGUCUCUGCUAAAGAUGGAAGUCAAGAGACUCUAGUCAAUCUAGCUGCGUUACUAAUUGGUUUAAUCAUUACUCCAGUGGCGUCUGGCAAUCAUAUACUUACAUGGACCUUGUUCUUCGUGUUCACGUUUUUGCACCUGUAUGCAAAUUAUCGAGCAGUUACCUGUGUAGUCAUGGAGACAGUGAAUCAAACAAGGCUCCACAUUUUGGUGCAAGAAUUUCUUCAGAGUCCAGAUCUUCACAUUUUAAGUCCGGCUAAGGCAAAUGCAAUGGAACCAGUGAUUUGGAAGCAGGCGAAGCCACUCCGGGUCAAUCUUGGUUCAUCUUUAGGUACAUUUAUCAACAGUUUUGAAGAUCUGGAGUCUUGUUUAAAAAGCAAUGGCAAUGAAAUAUUCCUAUUGGGUUUAAAUUGCAAGAAAGGUGUAUUGAAUAUUGUUCUACAUGAAAACAUCCCAGUUAGAGAAAUCAUCAAGGCUUGUUUUCAGGCUGAAGUUAUACAAUGUGCCUACCAACAAGUCCAGUACCUGCAAGGGGGUACUCCGACAGUAUUACUUAAGGACCAAUCACAAGGCCAACUAAUUGAAUACAUAAGAAAGGGGAAAAAUAUGACGAUAUCGGAUUCCUGGGAAGUAGUACGAUUGUCUGCUAAAGUUGCGGACCAUCUAUUCCCUCGAUUCCUUAAGGAUUUUGAGAUGGCAGGAUGGAAAGUGGAACCGACACAGUUAUGCCCAGAUGAAUGGCGAGCACACUGGAGUUUACAAGGAAUUGCAGAUAAAAAGUCAUUUUAAUUGCUGUCUCACAUUUAGCCUUGCAUUCUGAUAUUGUCAUAAAGGCUGAGCCUGUAUUAAUAGACUAUGUAACACUGCAGAACAAACAAAUAAUGUUUCCAGUUACACACAUAUAUAUAAUAAUGUUCCUCUGUGAAAUGUAUUGUCAGUAUACAGCCUCUGUAUAUGCACUCCUUGAAAUAACUUAUAACAGUAUUAUAACAGUAGAUGUAGUAUAACACUUUGACAUCAGCAGGUCGGGCACUGAGAUAUAGAUCCAGGGUCUUUGGUUUGAUCCAAUGGUGACGCCAGCAGAAUGGGUGAGAGGGGGGAAUUUUGUUUUACAAUCCACAAUGAUAUUUUCUUCAAAUCUUUAUACUAUCUGUAUAACAAGACAUUAUGUUUAUUCUAUUUUUAAACUAUAUUUUUAGAGCGUGACCCUUUGAACUUAUACUAGGUGGUCAGCUUGGGGACCCUAUAAAGUAAUAAAAUGCUCUAUAAAGUAUUCUCAUUAUGAGGCUGAGGGAAUUCAGAUUUUAUUUAUCAUAUUUAAUAUUAUAUUAUGUCAGUCUUAUCGGUUGGUUACAUGUCAUUGGAAUAACCAACCAUUUCUCCUCACUAUUAAUUAUCAAUACUUAAAGAUAUAACUUUGUAGUAAAAUCAUUUAAAAAUUUUAAUUGCUCAUUUAAAAGAAUCAAUUAAGUUAAGUUUUAUUGAAAAACAGAUGGAAAACCAUCUUAAAUUGAGUAAAGUCAGUUUAGAGUCUAUGCAAAGAAUGUUAUGUCUGUUUCUUUUUAUUUCAUUGAAAGCAUUGACAGUGGCACAUGGUGGGCUUGGUGGGCCUACCCUUUUUUUCAUUCUCAUGCUCUUUAAUUUUAGGUUUUUGAGUAUUUUAGGCUUUACUAGAUAGGUGCAUCUGUGAGUUAUGAUUGGCCAGCGAAACCAGGGGGUGGGGGCUUCCCCACUUUUUGGCAGAAAAUUUAUAAUGGCUAUGCAGAUUUUUAUAUGAUCCCACUUUAUGCUAGUGGGCCACACCCACUUUGAAGAACGUUCCUUCGGUAUAAUGCGCUAUAUCCCACAAAGUCCCACAACAUUACAUUAUCCACCAAUUUUAGUGAGUGGGCCAAACCUCCUGUAUGCCCCCACCAGUAAUGUGCCAACAAAAGUUUUAAUAUUUAUUUUGACAAAACAACAGACUGAUUGAUCAAACUUGGCUGUUGUUUUUUUUUUUUUUUUAAAGGUAUUAUAUGAGAUUAUAUUAUUUUUUAAAAAUCACCAAAUUUGUCUCAGAGAAUGUAAGAAAACGUUAAUUUUUUUAGUGGUUCCAGCCCCUGGACGCCCUGUAAGUCCUCAGUGAUCUCCUGGCCCCAGCCUCAGAUUUUUUGCACCCUCUCAGAAUGCUUACUGGACACACCCACUGUCCAAAUUGUGCCAUCGCCUAUGAUUAAAAUCUGAUAAUAUAUUAAAAAUAUAUUAAUUAAUUCAAAUAUUUAAUUAUAUUUUUUCAAGCUUAAUAACUCAGUUUUAUGCUUAAUGAGGUAAUUUUAUGUGUCAUUCUUGACCAAUCAAUGUGUCAAAUUGAUGAAUGAGUAUUUUGAAAGGACAAAUUAAAUCCAGAUUUUAGUGGAAAUGCAUAACUAAAUUAAAUAUAAGCAUAUUUUAUCCUGUGCUAUUUAAUCGAUUUAUGUAUUUUAAUGUUCAUUAAUAAAUUCAUUAAUAGAUACAAA